AUGCCAGCACUGGAAACCUGUUCAAAGAACCUCCGACCCAUAGAGUCUACUCUCCAGCCACGUGGACUAAAUCACCAUGCCUACGCAACCCUCGACAUGGAUAAAACACAUCAGUUCUGGACGCAUGUCAUGGGUUGCAACUUCUUAGGAGCUUACAGCUUCUUAGAUGAAGCCGGCCACGACAAGCCCAUUCCCGACAAAUACAUCCAUGCUCUCUAUGGCAUGGCCGAUGGGUCCGCCCUGGCUUUCUUUGAACUCCAGAAUGGUUACAUCAAGAGCGAUGAUGGCAUACCCAAAUACACAAAGCAUCUCGCUCUCUCGUGCGACAGUCUUGAGCAGGUCACGGCUUGGAAAGCGCAUUGGGAAGCUUGCGGAAUGGAAGUUCUGGGAGAAAUAGAUCAUGAGGGUAUUUGGCAGUCUGUGUAUACCACGGAUCCGUCCGGGGUGAUCAUUGAAAUGACUUUCCAAUCUCAUCGCUUUGAUGAGAACGACCACGUGGAAGGCUUGGAGGUUUUGAAGGCAUGGCGGAGGCAGAAGGACCAGUACCUUGAAUCGAAGGAUGUCGUAUAG